UGAAGUAAAAAAUUAUUUCAGAAGAUGAAUGUGUGGAUUGUUGGAGUAGGAAUACUCUGCUCCGUCCAGCUCUCUAACCAGGCUGCUCACUCACAUACUCAUGGACAGGGGAGUUCAGAGAGAGUCUCUGACGGAGCCUACAGUCCUAGAGAUCAUCGUCACGGAGCCGGAGAUCAGCAUGAUGUUGGAUUCGAUCACGAGGCUAUCCUCGGCUCCAGGAAGGAGGCUGAGGAGUUCGAUGACCUGUCUCCGGAGGAGGCUAAGAAGAGGUUGAAGGUUCUGCUGGAGAAGAUGGACAGAAACCUUGAUCAGAGCGUUGACAGGAAAGAAUUGUAUGCGUGGAUCCUCCGGUCCUUUAAAUCCUUGUCGAAGGAGGAUUCCGACGACAGGUUCGAGGACUGUGACGAGAACGAGGACGGGAAGGUUUCCUGGGAGGAGUACAAGACGGAGGAAUAUGAUUUCGGAGAAGGAGAAAUAAAUCUCAGUGAUCCGGAUAUUGCAGAGGAAUGGAAACUUAUGGAAGAAGACAGAUUUCUAUUCCUUGCAGCAGACUUCGACCAGGACGGCUUCCUGGACAAGGUGGAAUUCCUUGCCUUUGCUCAUCCGGAGGAAGAGGAUAAGAUGAAACCUGUCGUAGUGGAACAGGUGUUAAAGGCGAAGGAUAUAAACGGAGAUGGAAGUAUAGAUUUCCAGGAGUAUCUGGGCUCCAGGGGGGAAGGGAAGGAUAAGGAGUGGUUACUCUCAGAGAAGGACAGGUUUGACACAGAGUUGGAUAAAAACCAGGAUAAUCUCCUGUCUAAAGAGGAAAUUCUAGCCUGGAUUAUUCCCAGCAACGAGGAUAUUGCUUCAGAAGAGGUGAAUCAUCUGUUUGCUGGAGCAGACACUGAUGUGGACGGGGUUCUAUCCUUCCAGGAGAUUCUUAAUAAUCAUGAACUAUUUGUCGGGUCAGAGGCAACCGACUACGGAGAUCAUCUGCACAACCUGGAUAGAUUUAAGGAGGAGUUGUGAGAAGAUAUCAGCUGAAGAGAGGACCAAGAGAAGAGGGUUCAUCCCAGUUUGCAUCUCAGACAUUUACCCGUUAUUGUACAUCACAACUUUGCAUACUACAGUCAAUGUACUCAGUAACCAAUCCUGUAUUCUGUACUGUUGAUAGAAAAUGUCUAAUUUGUCUUUUAUCCACAUCUGCUGCCGUUUAGUUUUCUUGUCGUAAAGCUUGCUAAAAAUUUACAUUUUGUGCCAUUUCCCAAUGAAUGUAUUGUUCCAACUAUGUAAUGAAGAAUCUCGCAUUUUAUUUAAACCAAAAGUUCGCAUAAUAAAUUUAAAGAAAUAUA